UUUGGGUGUUCGUAGUGAUCGGUUGGAUAACGAAAAAGUGAGCUCUCGUGAGAAAACGCAAAAUUGUUCACAGUCAUCAUCUAUCUGUUGUACAAGUGUCUGUGUUGGUUUUUUUUUCUUUUUCAUUGUGACGGUUGCAAAUCCUUAAUAGUCCAAACAGUGAAUUUUGUGUUUUAAAAACAUAAAAAUAUAACGGUCAUAAAGGACCUUAAACUAGAAACAACUCCAUCUACCACCUAUCAACCUACCCACCCCCCCUUACAAAAAUACAAUCCAAAUUUGUGGCAAAAAUGCUGCAUCCGCUGAUAACUCCCAAAAUGCUAUAUGCAUUUGGAUUAAUUUGUUUAAGUUUGUUUUCAUACACAAGCGCUUCAUUUCCAUAUUUUGGCACAAAAAUCGGUGCACUAAAGCGAUUACAUCAUGGCGUUUCCGGUGAUGUGUAUGCCGUAGAUUCCAGAACAUUGUUUGUGAAAAAAUUCAAUUAUGAUGGCGAGGCUCCAGCUGCUUAUUUCUAUGUCGGCAGCACUGGCAAGCCCAGCGCUGUAGGGGGCACUCGCCUGAGGGAUGAGCGUGGUGGCACUGCCUCUUUAACCAAACGCUAUAGGAAUAAGGAUAUUACCUUGACCCUGCCUGAGGGUUUGACUCUGAAAGACAUCAAAUGGUUCUCGGUGUGGUGUGAUGAGUUUGCUGUUAAUUUUGGUGAUGUUACCAUACCAAAUAAUUUGGACUUUCCCCGCCCUCAAAAACUCAAUGGUCUGGCUGGUGUGCAUGGUGUGAAGUCAGAUCCCAUUGUGGUGGUGGAUGCCCAAACACUGUUGGUGCCCAAUUUCAGUUACGAUGGGGAAGCACCAGAUGCCAAAUUCUGGGUGGGCCAAGGUGAUCGUCCCUCGCCCAAUGGUCUCCGCAUACCCGAUGAGAAUGGCAAAGAGCUUCCUCUGCGUCGCUAUGAUCACAAAACUAUUGUUUUGACUCUGCCCGAUGAUUUAACCAUAUUCGAUAUUGGCCAUUUUGGUGUUUGGUGUGAAGCCUUCACUGUUGAUUUUGGCAACAUACGCAUACCCAAACCUCUGAAUGUUCCACCCUCUUUGAAAAUGUUGGGUAUUAGUCCUCAGUCCAAACUGAAUUGUGAAGUCCUGUAUGAUGAUUUGGCAUUCGAAGUCCGUUGGGCCAUGGCUGGUGAUAGCAUCGUUGUGCAAUUGGUUUCCAAAUUAGAGGACAAUCACUAUAUGGCCUUUGGUAUUUCACCCAACAAGGAUCGCAGUGUUAUGAUUGGAUCCGAUGUUGUUGUCAGCUGGGUGGAAAAGGAUACUGGCAAAGGUUAUGCCAUCGAUUACUACCUCAGCGAUAAGUCUCAGUGUUCUGGUAAGCGUGGAUCCUGCCCGGAUGUCAACAUACAAGAAAAUACCAAUUCAGUGCGUUUGCUUAAUGCUGCCAUGGUUAAUGGUUACUCGAUUGUCACCUAUCAACGUUCACUAAACGCCACCGAUCGUUUGGAUUUGCCCAUAUCACGUAAUGGUUUUGAGGCUAUAGUCUGGGGUAUUGGACCUUUGAAUGAGCGCAAUGAGACCUCAUUCCAUACACAUUUCAAUAAGAACAACCACUUCAUUGAUUUUGGACGUCAACCUACAUGGAAUUGUCCCACACCAGAGGGAUCAAAGCCGGGUGGGGAGGGCAAUGACGAAGAUAAUGAUGACGAUGAUGAGGAAGAAGGUUAUCCACCAGCUGCUAAGCCAACAGGAAAUACUGGUAUACCCGAAGAGGAGUUCUAUGAUAAUAAUCGAGCUCAGGCCUUGCAAAGUCCCAAUAGGAGAGUAGAGAAUAACCUACAAUUGGGACAAAGAAGACCAGUGCCUACACCAAAGCCAGUGGCUAAUGAUGGCGCCUGGGAAAUACCUCCCAUACAGUGUUAUGAGCCAGAAGAUGGAGUGUUCUAUGCUCAAAUGGGACCCACGGGAGGCAAACAUGGAUAUUCAGCCAUAACAGGUCAUGUUGGUUGGGGUAUAUCGUGGUUUAUCAAUGGUCUUCUCAUUCCCGAAAUUCAUGUUGUUCGAGGCAAAACCUAUACCUUUGUGGUAGAAGGAGGCAAUAAUCCUGAAAUUCCUGCAAAAUACCAUCCCUUCUAUAUUACCGAUGAUCCUGUGGGAGGCUAUGAACACAAGCGUGAGGAGGAAAAGAAGAACAUACGCAUCUUUGCCGGUGUACAUCGUUCACGUUCGGGCCAGGUUAUACCCACAGGUGUGGGUCGUCUCUGCAACUGGACUCCCGAUGCUGAUGGUCCCCCUGCUGAUGAUUAUCAAUCAUUUGGCGCUUACCAACGUACCCUUACCCUGAAAUGUGAUCCCGGUGAGCCUGGUGUCAUCACCUGGAAGCCCGAUCGCAAUACACCCGACACCGUCUACUAUCACUGCUUUACCCAUCGCUAUCUGGGCUGGAAGAUUCAUGUGCAUGAUACUUGCGAUGAUGCCCGCUAUGCGGCUUCGGAAAAACAUGCGGUGCGUGUGCCCGCACCUGUGCGUGGGGAUGAUGAGUUGGAGGCCGAAGAGUCGAUACGUCAUGAAACAAAGAUGGCAUCCGCGCUGCUGAGGCUCUCGAGGAUAGCAUACUGAGGCAGAAGCAUCAACAACAGCAAAAGAAGGCGUCCGCCGAUCUAGG